AUGUCCGGCCUCCUUGCCUACCUCCCGCACCUCCUCUACUCCACCGCGCUCACCUCCAUCUCCAUGCACCACCUCUCCCAGCGCAAAGCCGCCGAGGACGACCGCGCGCACGUCGCCGCCCAGAUCUCCAUCCUCGAGGACCUCCUCGCCCGCCCGUCUCUUCCCGACCCCGAGUUCCAGCGGCUCUGGCGACUUGCACGCUCGCACGACGUCUGGGAAGCGCGGAAGCACGUCGGGGACGAGGCGGCGGGGAACGUGAAGAGCGUGCACGUAAGAGCGCGGCCGGCCGAGGACAUCGGCUGGCGGGAGGUCAUGUUCGGGAGGAGAUUCGAUACGAGCCGGACGGAGGAGCUCGACCGGCAGGAUUUGGCGAGAGGUAAGUGUGUCACGGGUGGGAUGUGUUGUUUGGGCACUUGA